AUGACUGUAACAGAGACCAGGACAGGCCCUUUGGGCUGCAGUAACUAUGACAACCUCGACUCUGUCAGCUCCGUUCUGGUUCACAGCCACGAGAACAAAGUUCAGUUGCAAGGACUUCAGGCUAUCCUGCCUAGUUAUUUAAGGAGCAACUUUGUUCAGGCGGCCUUAGGCUACAUAGGCUGCAAUGCUGAAGGCCAAUUUGUGUGCAAAGACAAUGACUGCUGGUGCCAGUGCGGUAAGGAGUUUCCCCAGUGUAACUGCCCUGAGGCUGAUAUCCGUUCCCAGGAAAACUACCUGGAGCGCAUGAGGGAGGCCUGGAGGCAGGAGAACCAGGAAUUUCAAGACUCAGAUGAGUUCCAGAGCUUCAUGGGUAAACUACCAACCCAGAGCGCUCUAAAUUCAUCAAGAAUCCAGCAAUUGUGGAGGACAGACAGUGCUCUACAGCAACGCUACAGGCAGCUAGAGAGUCGCGUUAGCCUCCUGCUCUCCAAGACCCGGCGAACUGCUAACAAGCUCUUCAGCCUCAGCAAGAGAUGUCGCACACAGCCCAGAAUAGUGUCUCUAAGGGAGAGGCCGCUGAGCUACUGGCUACAGUUCACCCUGUCCAUCCUGUACUGCAGUGAGAAUAACCAACUGGGAUUUUACGCAGAGGAAUUACGGACUUGCGCCUGUCCGUUCGAGAGCCCCUCGUGCCAGGGCAUCGUCCCGUGCGAGGUGGGCGACGGUCACCGUUGUGCCUCCUGCUCAGUGGACAACCGCACCCGCUGCUCCAGCUGCAACACAGGUUACAUUCUCAGUCAUGGAGUUUGUAAAAACGCCGUACCCAACCCUACAGACCACUACCUGGGCUUUGAGACCGACCUACAAGACCUGGAGCUACGUUACUUACUGCAACACCGGGACGGCCGCAUCAUGACGCACGCCAUCUUCGUCAGCAACGACGUUCGCCUCAACGUCUGGUUCGACCCGUCUUGGAGAAAGAGGAUGCUGCUUACGCUGAAGAGCAACAAGUUCAAAUCCAGCCGCGUCCAUAUGCUCCUGGGCAUCUCGCUGCAGAUCUGCAUGACCAAGAACUCCACCCUGGAGCCUGCGCUGUCUGUCUACGUCAAUCCUUUUGGCGGCAGCCAUUCGGAAAGCUGGACCAUGCCCAUCAAUCAGAAUGGCUACCCGGACUGGGAAAAGACCAAGCUGGACAUUCCUUUAGAUUGCUUCAACUGGACCUUGACUCUGGGCAACCGGUGGAAGAGCUUUUUUGAGACUGUUCACUUCUACCUGAGGAGCCGCAUUCGGACCGAGUCCUCUCAGGGGAACGAUACGGUCUACUUCGAGCCGCUGGAAGCUACGGAUGCCUCUCAGAACUCUGGAUACAUGAAGAUCAACAGUGUGCAGCUGUUUGGUUACAGUAUGCACUUUGACCCCGAGGCUAUCCAGGAUCUGAUCCUACAGUUGGACUAUCCGUACACUCAGGGAUCUCAGGACUCUGCUCUGCUGCAGCUGAUGGAGAUCCGAUAUCGGGUCAAUAGACUGUCUCCUCCUGGACCACUGCCAUUAGAUCUGUUCUCCUGCCUACUUCGACAUAGGCUCAAACUCUCCAGCUCCGAGGUAGAGAGAAUACUCACCACACUCCAGACUUUUAGUGCCAAACAGCCGUUCUACAAAGAGUACGAAGCUGCGAAACUUUGUAGUUAGAAAGCAAACCAAUUUAUUUUUGCCAUUGAUGUUUUGCUUUACUCACUGAGAAGUUAAUUUAACUGAAAAUUAUUUUAUGA